GUCAUACACGGUGUAGCCAAGUCCCCCGGGUCAGCAGCGUGACGUCAGGCUCCUCGGCAGCGCUCACACGUGUAGCCAUGUCUUUCGCUGCAGCUCCAGGCCCUUAGGGGACGGCAGAUGGACCUAGAUGAGGCUUUUCUAUCGGUCGGGGAGUUCGGCCGGUGUCAGAAGCGGCUGACUGCGUUCCUAGUGCUGCUACAGGUUUAUGUGGCCUGUCAGUCAAUGCUGAUUGUCAUUGUGGGGGCUGUGCCAGAAUACCAUAUUGAGAAGGAAGAAGGACAUGAUGACAAAGACUUUAUUAAACAUGUUCGAUUUUCUGACAACUUCACAUCCAUAGUAUCGGAGUGGCACUUAAUAAAGCAUGAAGCGUAUAAGGUCAGUCUGGCAUCUUCAUUAUUGUUUGCGGGUCUCCUGAUUGGGAACAUUUUGUUUGGACCUCUGUCUGAUAAACUAGGAAGGAGGAAAGUAUAUUUAACAGGUCUAUUAUUUGAUGUCAUUUUCGGUUACCUAACAGCUUUGGCUCCAAGCUAUGAAGUUUUUGCUCUUUCACGCCUAUUUGUUGGUAUAAUGAAUGGCGGUAUGGCGCUUGUGUCUUUCGUAUUAACACAAGAAUAUGUUGGAAAAUCAUACUGGGCAUUGACAGGUUCAUUAACUAAUCUGACUUUUGCUGUUGGCAUAGCAGUGUACGCUUUGCUUGGUUAUUACAUCAGAGACUGGAGGACACUUGCAUUUAUAGCCAACUCACCAGGAGUUUUCUUUUUUCUCCUUUCUUUUUUACUCCCCGAAUCACCGAGAUGGCUGUACUCCAACGGUUACACAGCGAAAGCAGAGGAAGUGCUACUCCGUAUAGCUCGGGGCAAUGGAAAAGAAAAUCCUACACUAAAAUUAAAAGACUGUAAUAGAACACCCGGAGCCAAAGUCUCGGUACACAGCGUCUUCGAUUUGGUGAAAUAUACAGUGCUCUGCAAGAGGACAAUCAUCUUGAUGUAUGUCUGGUAUGUCUGCAGUCUGGUCUACUAUGGCAUGACAUUAAAUGCAGGGGAGCUAAAAGGAAAUCUGUAUUUGAAUGUGGCAUUGUACGGUCUUAUUGAAGUCCCAGCUUUUCCACUCUGCCUGUUUUUUAUUGAGAAGUCCUGGUGUGGAAGAGGAAAAGCAACAGCCGGUUUUCUAGUAUUUGCUGGGCUUGCUUGUAUAUUCACAAUGUUUUUACCAGACAACACCAGUUUUUACCUUAAUCCAGCAGUCCUCGCCUUACUUGGAAAAUUGUCAGUCAGCGCUGCCUUCAAUGUUGUUUACAUCUACACCUCUGAACUGUAUCCUACGGUAGUAAGGAAUGCGGGAUUGGGUGUAUGUGCCAUGGCAUGUAGAUUUGGUGGUAUCCUUGCUCCUUUCGUUCCAUCGAUGAAAUCUCUUAAUCCAUCAAUGCCAUUCAUGGCAUUUGGAAUCAGCGGCAUAUCAGCGGGAUUCCUGAGUCUGUUACUGCCAGAAACACUUAAUAAGCCAAUUGCCGAGUGCAUUGAAGAUUUACAGUCUCCUGCAUACCAAUUGUUAAACAAGGCAAAACAAAGGGAAGCAAACACAUGAAUAAGAAAUAUACAAUUGCAACCUUCUACUGUACCAGUACUCUUUGUAUCAAACUACGGACAUUACACCAGAGAAUGCUGGUACAAAAUACAUUUUCUAAGAAGACUGGACACCAAGGAAUGUUACAGGAAGGGUAAAUAAAUACUGAUGAUUUCCCCACAAUUGUCCAAAGGCUAUAACUUGCUUCACUUACAAUCUUCUGAUUACGUAUUUACAUAGAGGUCUUUGCAUCAAACUCCAGUGUAUAAGCACCCUAAUAUUGGAUGCAAACCAGUAUUAUAUAUCUGCUGUUAAUAUAUUUGGUUUUUGCACAUUCCAAGGGUAUGCAAUAAAAGUUAUAAUGUUUUACUUGAAAUCUUCAGUGAACUUAUAUCCUUGUAUAGUCAUAUUUACACCUCUUAUGAUGUUGUAAAAAUAAAGCGUAUUAUGUUUUUAUUGAAAUUAAGAAAUAUAUUCAAAUGAAGACCCUUUGCUCUGUUUUCAGUGCGAUGGUCAUUUAUAUGGUCAAAAUGUAUAUUUUAAAGUAUGUUUAAUAAUCGGGUCUUUUACUGUGGCUUAUGGGAUAAUAUUUUAAUGCUGUUUUCAGUUUGUCUUUUUAUAAAUAAAGACUCUUCUCUGUUCUUUGAAGUUUCA